AUGCUUGCGGCAGUUCAGUUCAUAGCAGUCGCCGUGCCCAGUGCUGUACUGUGCAGGCCGCCACCACAAAUCGAGGCGCCUCGAGUUCCUGCAAGUCAUGUCAUUGCUGCAGGUUUGGCCGUCUCUGCACCUGCUGCACCUCCUCGGGGAGUGGCGACUCGCGGGUUCUGGAGUUUCUGGCAUCGGUUGGAAGUCUUCUUCCAGCGCAGCAUGCUUAGAGGAGCCCCUAUAGUAGCGUUCCUGCUCCUAGUAGCGAUGCCAGGAGUGCCCAGUAGCGUCAAGAAAUGCACAUCAGAUCUUUCGUGGUCAAGAAACUGCGAAAAGUUGUUCCUUUUUGUGGUUUGUGCAGGGCCACGGAGGUCUGGAAGUGACUUGACAGUGUGUGAAACCGGGUGA